AUGAAGUUUAAGCUUUCUUCUCUCAGUGCAUACGUAAAGCCAGAAGCACAUUUAGUUCAGCAGACGGUACAUGGUGCACUUGUGACCUUAUGUGGUAUUUUAUUAGCUGCCAUGUUGUUUGUCCAUGAGCUGGGGUCCUUUUAUAGACAGCAUCGGGUUACUCAGAUGUCCGUGGACCUGGCUAGGCGGAACGCCUUGACAAUAAACAUCGACCUAACGUUUCCUGCGAUCCCUUGCGCGGUCCUGUCGAUUGACGUGUUGGACAUCGCGGGCACUGCGGAGAACGACGCGUCCUAUGCGCACCACAUGCACAUCCACAAGCUGCGGUUGGACGGGGCGGGCAAGCCGAUUGGCAAGGCAGAGUACCACACGCCGCAGAGCCAACAGAUCAUGGACACGGGCGCCGAGCAGCUGGUGUCGGUCAACAUCCAGGAAGCAAUGCAGCACUUGGUGGACAUGGAGGAGGAGGCGGAACACCACGAGGGUUGCCAUGUGUACGGCACCAUGGACGUGAAACGAGUGGCGGGGCGGCUGCACUUCUCCGUCCACCAGAACAUGGUGUUUCAGAUGCUGCCCCAGCUGCUGGGCGCGCAUCGCAUACCCAAGGUCGCCAACAUCAGCCACACCAUUAAGCACCUGGGUUUCGGGCCCCAUUACCCCGGCCAGCUGAACCCGCUGGAUGGUUACGUCCGGAUGGUUAAGGGGCCCCCGCAAAGCUUCAAGUACUUCCUCAAAGUGGUCCCAACGGAGUACUACAACCGCUUGGGCCGCGUCACCGAGACCCACCAGUACUCGGUCACCGAGUACACGCAGCCCCUGGAGCCGGGCUACGUACCCACCCUGGAUGUGCACUACGACCUGUCGCCCAUCGUGAUGACCAUCAACGAGCGACCGCCCUCGCUGCUGCACUUCGUGGUGCGGCUGUGUGCCGUAGUGGGAGGAGCAUUUGCAAUCACACGGAUGACGGACCGCUGGGUGGACUGGUUCGUGCGGCUGGUCACCAAAUUGAAGUGA